AUGGAGCAGAGAAAAUUCGGCGGUGUGUGCGUGGGUGUGUGGCUCUCGAGCAAGACGACGUCGUCCAUCCCGAUUCUGUUGUACAUACAGGUUCAGUUGCUCAAAGACAUCGGCUUCGCUUUUGAGAAGAGGAAGCGGAGACUGGCCCUUAUCGAGCGCAGCGACAUCAUUGCCCGGCGUCAGAGGUAUCUGCGAGCCAUCAAAAAAUUCCGAAGACAGGGCAGGACUAUCAUCUACCUUGAUGAAACCUGGGUGAACGCCGGACACACCAAGCAAUUCGUCUGGCAAGACAAGACUGUGAAGUCCUCACAGGACGCGUUCCUGAAGGGCUUGACGACAGGCCUGGCAGCACCGGCCAAGAAAGGCAACAAUGCGGACUACCACUCCGAGAUGGGUGGCACCUACUUCGAAGGGUGGUUUUCAAGCCAGCUCCUGCCCAAGAUCCCGCCCAGAAGCAUCAUAGUGAUGGACAAUGCUCCAUACCACAGUGUUGCUCUUGAAAAAGCACCCACGUCGCCGACUCGGAAAGCCGACAUCCAGGCAUGGCUCACAAAGAAAGGAAUUUCAUGGUCUGGGGACAUGGUGAGGGCUGAACUCCUGGAGCUUUCCAAGAAGGUCAACACACCCGGCACUGUGUACCGGAUCAACACUUUGGCAGCUGCCCACAACCACGAAGUCCUACGACUGCCUCCCUACCACUGUGAAUUCAACCCCGCUGAGCUGGUAUGGAGCAAGGCGAAGGGCUACGUGGCGAGCAAAAACAAGCUUUUUACGCUUCAAGAGGUCGAGCGGCUCCUGCCAGAAGCACUGGCAUCUGUGACCCAAGAGGACUGGCGGAACUGUUGCACCCACGUUGAGCGUGUUGAAGAUGAAGCGUGGGAACGGGACAUCAUUGUCGAUAGUGAAAUUGAGCCAGGGGUAUUCACUGUUGGAAACACGAGUAGCUCCUCCAAUGAAUCUAGCCAAGAUCUGAGCGGCAUCGAGGAACAUGAGUAA